AUGUUAAAUAGAAUUCAUUUUUUGACAAGAAACUCAUGCCGAUAUAAAUCUUCCUUUGCAGUAGCUUUGAAUGCGGUGAGUAAGUUAGUCACACCACAGUCAUUAUUGAAUAAUCCAAUAUCUCUGGUAUCAAAUGAAAUGAAUAAUCUUGUUAGAAAUAUCAUUGCUUUAAUUGGUACUGGUAACCCAUAUUUGGAUCGUGUAUCAAGCUAUUAUUUUGAGACCGAAGGUAAAAAAGUUAGACCUCUAUUAGUCCUUUUAUUAUCCCGUGCACUAAGUGAAAUUCCAAUGGAUAAAAGACAAAUACCUCCGUAUCUAUCAAAUGAUAACAUAACCACCUCGUUGAAUAACUCCAUUCAAUGGUUAAAACAACAACCUGUCGAAUCAUUUACACCACUGAAUAUCUUUCAAGGUCUCACUAAUGCUGAUAUAAAACAUUCUAGGUUCCAUCCUUUGACGCAAGCAAGCUUAUCCUUUAAAAAUAAUAAUAUUGAAUCUUUCGACAAGGAGAAUGGGAUUCUUCCAAGACAGAGACGUUUAGCUGAAAUUGUAGAGAUGAUCCACACUGCCUCCCUGUUGCACGAUGAUGUUAUUGAUCAUGCUGAUACAAGAAGAGGUAAGCCAAGUGGAAAUGUGGUCUUUACCAAUAAAAUGGCUGUCUUGGCUGGUGAUUUCCUUUUAGGAAGGGCCACUGUGGCUAUAUCUAGAUUACGAGAUCCCCAGGUAGUGGAGAUUAUGUCAAGUUGUAUUGCAAGUCUUGUAGAAGGUGAGUUUAUGCAAUUACACAACACCGAUGAAUAUGAUCCAAAACCAAACACAGGUAAAAAGUCAACUAGUAUCAGUAAGAUUGACGAAGCCUUCGAUUAUUAUAUACACAAAUCCUAUUUAAAAACUGGCUCUCUAAUCGCAAUGUCUUUAAGAAGUGCAGCCAUAUUAUCUGGUGUCAAACCAAACGUCAUUGAAUCAUGCUAUGAAUUCGGUAAAAAUCUUGGUCUAUGCUUCCAGUUGAUUGACGAUAUGCUGGAUUUUACAAGUUCAAGUAAACAAAUGGGGAAGACAACUAAUGUGGAUUUGAAACUAGGCAUAUCAACAGCUCCAGUCUUAUUUGCAUGGAAGGAGGAUCCAAGUCUCGGGGAUUUAAUUGAAAGAAAUUUUGAAUUGCCUGGCGAUGUAGAAAGAGCUUUACAGUUGGUAUACAAAUAUGAUGGUGCAAAGAAAACUUAUGAGCUGGCUCGUGAGUAUAGAGAUAAAGCCUUAAAGAAUCUAAGAGAGGCUUUGCCUGAAUCAGACUCAAGAUCUGCAUUAGAGUUUUUAACUAACUCAAUCUUAACAAGAAGAAAAUAA